CUCUAUCUCAUACUCCUCCUCCUCUCCCUCCUCCCUCAGACCCUCUCUCUCUCUGUUCCUCUCUCCAGCAGCAGUAGAGAUGAUGAUGACGGGCUGAGGGAGCGCAGGCCUGUGCUGCUGUGCUGUGUUGCGCGGUCGAGAUGAUGUUGAGAUGCGGGGGGACUGAUGCAGAGCCUGAGGGGAGCGCGCGGGACGGCCUGAAGCAUGCGUGAGCGCCGCCUUUACUAACCAGGCUCAGAUCCUUCCAGAAGGCCCAAUGGAGCAGGAUGUGGAGAGCCCCAUCACAGUCAGACAGCCUCGGCUGCCCAAGCAGGCCCGAGAUGACAUCCCCAAGCAACUUCAGGACCCUGACAGAGCUAAGCGCAAGAUCCAGCGCUACGUCCGCAAGGACGGCAAGUGCAACGUGCACCACGGCAACGUCCGGGAGACCUACCGGUACCUUACGGACAUCUUCACCACUCUGGUGGACCUGAAGUGGAGGUUCAACCUCUUUAUUUUUGUUUUGGUUUACACAGUGACGUGGCUGUUCUUUGGCUUCAUGUGGUGGCUGAUCGCAUAUGCGCGGGGGGACCUAGACCACAUAGGGGACGAGAAGUGGACGCCGUGCGUCAACAACCUGGAGGGCUUCGUUUCUGCGUUUUUGUUUUCCAUAGAGACCGAGACCACUAUCGGCUAUGGCUACAGAGUGAUCACAGACAAGUGUCCAGAGGGCAUUGUGCUCCUGCUGGUGCAGUCGGUGCUGGGCUCCAUCGUGAAUGCCUUCAUGGUGGGCUGCAUGUUUGUAAAGAUCUCGCAGCCCAAGAAAAGAGCAGAGACGCUGAUGUUCUCCACCAAUGCAGUGAUCUCCAUGCGUGACGGGCGCCUGUGCCUGAUGUUCCGUGUGGGGGACCUGAGGAACUCGCACAUCGUGGAGGCCUCCAUUCGAGCCAAAUUGAUCAAGUCCAAACAGACCAAGGAGGGGGAGUUCAUCCCCCUCAACCAAACGGACAUGAAUGUGGGUUACGACACAGGCGACGACCGUCUCUUCCUGGUGUCCCCGCUCAUCAUCUGCCACGAGAUCAACCAGCAUAGCCCUUUCUGGGAGAUCUCCAAAGCCAGCCUGGAUAAGGAGGAGCUGGAGAUCGUGGUGAUUCUGGAAGGCAUGGUGGAGGCCACAGGGAUGACGUGCCAGGCGCGCAGUUCAUAUGUGGCCGGCGAGAUCAAGUGGGGUUACCGCUUCACGCCUGUGCUGACGCUGGAGGACGGCUUCUAUGAGGUCGACUACAACAGCUUCCACGAAAUCUACGAGACCAACACGCCGAGCUGCAGCGCGCGUGAGCUGGCUGAGAUGAGCGCUCGCGCCCGCCUGCCACUCACCUGGAGCGUGGCCAGCAGACUGAGCCAGCAGGGCCUGUUGGACUCACGAGAUGAGGAGCAGGAGAAGGAGAAGAGUGGAGAGGGCCAGGAGCAAGCCGAGCGCAACGGGGACAUCGCCAACAUGGAGAAUGAAUCCAAAGUGUAGAGCGGAGGAGCACAUGGGCCGAGCAGAGGGCCACUCCUUACUCUCUCUCCAACACUCUCUCUUUCUCCAACACACACUCAGCUUCUCUCGCUCUCUCUCAGGGGUUCUCCAGUCAACUUUGGUCCUGGAGGGCCUGUGUCCAGCACAGUUUGGCUGCUUUGCCCACUAGUCAACUGUGUUCAUAUCAGUGCCAAAGUGUGACUAUUGCCAGACCAUCAGUUCAGGCCAUAAAUGUUAAAACUCCAAAAAAUGAGGAAAAAAACUCCUCUACGAUAUUACUAAUUUCUGCUAGCACCCCCAUGUGUUUCUUAGCAGCAUGUUUACUCUGUGCAGCAAUUCACAUGGACGUUUUUUGGCUGUUAUAGAUUAAACACAGAAAACCUGACAGCUUGUAACAGACUUUCUGUGUUUAAUUCAUAGUUUGUAACACACAUAUCAUACGUUUUAACAGUUUUACAGUGUUUGUUACAGAGUAAAAGCUCUGCCGUAGAGCUGCCACGGCUGUGGCAUCUGACUGAAACCCGCUGGUCAGGGUACCACUCGUAUUCUCAGUCAGUGAGGCAGGUAGAACUUUCAGAAGGCUUGUCAAACUAGGGACUUUCCAGGCAAAAGUGCUGUGGAUAUCAACGUUUAUCCUUGACUAACGCUCUGAAUUCAGUUGACAAAGGCCUUACUAAUUAGCUGAUGAGCUGAAUCAGAUGUGUUUAAUAAGGCAGUUGCUGAAGUCUGCAGUGUUUUGGUUUACCAGGACUGGAGCCUGACACAUGUGGCCUAGAGUGAUGUAGAGUCCCAUCUAUUGGAAACCAAAAUGUGAUUGGUUGAUUCCACUGUCAGCUGCUAAGUUAUGUUAAUGGACAGUCUGGCACAAUAGACCUUCAGUUCAGCUCUGUAAGUACUAAUCAGUGGGAGAUGUAGCUCGGCUGUAUCUACCCAGAAACCCCAAAGGAAAAGGUCUCAUUUGGACAAUUUUCCAGGGACGGUUCGAGAAUUUAACUCUUCUGUUUCCAACUAGAAUUUAACAAUGAAAUACAACUAGUGCUACAAUAGUCGCAGAGUUUAAAGGCAAUAGGCAUGAUUACAUUAAAUAAAAAUGAACUAAACAUUACAGCAUGUUUUUCAUUUUCCACAGACACUAUUAUGCCCUCUCUAAAGGCCUAGAAGGCCCUGAGAGUUCACCCAUGGCUCAUGCCCUUUUCAUCUUUUAUAAAAAUCAUGUAGAGUUGUAUGUAUUGUUUUUAGGGAUUAAAACAUGAAAGAAUAUAAUUGCACAAAUGAUCUUUAUAGAUUUGAGGAAAAUAAAUGUUGCAUUUAUCUAAAUGGGUCACUGGUAUUGCAUUAGUGUGCAUAAAACCACAGAGAACUGUUACAAGAUUGAGAAUUGAGGAGUUAAGAAUUGAAGUGUCUUUAGUUAUUUGCAGUUUAAGCAGUUAAAAACACAUUGGUGAACAUCUGACCUGAUAAUGUUUGGUAACACUUUACUUCAGGGUGCUGUUCAUAAGGCUACAUGACACCUACAUAAGCUUGUCAUGACAACU